CCUGGAUGAAAGCGGAACUGGGACGACGGUUGUCCAAGCUUCAAAGUUACACUUACACGUUCACCCCAUGUCCUCCAAUCCUGCGCGCGGCCGAUCACAUCCUGUUCUGCGACCGCUACAUGCAUCCUACCGUUCUUGACCGGCCGAUGGUGCGGAGAGCGUGACCUCGGAGUAAUUGCGGGGAAGGACCCUUGAUGAGCGGCGACAAAAAGAUGCAAAUGCGCUGGCCCGGAUUGCUUCGUAACUCGGAUCUGAGUGCCGAGGCCUGGGAUUCUAAUAAGAAUGGUUGCUGUCCCGCUGUGUCCUUCCCGAAAAGAAAAUCCUGUCACGGUCAAUUCCAUGCUCAGGCACCUAGGGCACACAGGCGCUGUUCACUGCUGUUGAGCAUUGCUCGUCCUUCACACAGUUAGCAGUUAACCAAGAGUGUUAAUCUCUACUUGACAGCCAUGGCGGACAGCCCAAGCUCGGAUAGCAUCCGAGCUGGCAACGAUCAAGCCACCAUCUCAAAGGAAACUGGAAUUGAGGGACAUCACAUCGAGAAGGGUUUAUCGAACACGGAACAUGUCGAUCUCAACCGGAAUCUCGAGGCAAGGAUCAAAAACCCGCUGCAAGGUAUCCCCAGGGACGAGCUCAUGCGCCGCGUCGAAGCCUUUGCCGAAGAAAAGGGUCUUACAGAGCAUGUCGCCCUGCUCCGCAAGGGUGCGCUGGUGGCCCAGGAUCCGAAUGCCUACGACGAGAUCACGGGGCCCGAGGCUCUGACCGAAGAGGAGAAAACGGUCCUCCAAGACGAAGUCCAACACAAAUGGCGCCUCCCCACCAAGCUGUUCCUGACCAUCGCAACCUGCUCCAUUGGCGCUGCCGUCCAGGGGUGGGACCAGACGGGAACCAAUGGCGCAAACAUCUUCUUCCCGGAGAUCUACGGUAUCGGGGGCACCGACACGCGCUCCAAAAUUCUGGUCGGGCUGGUCAAUGCCGGCCCGUACAUUGGGAGUGCCUUCAUCGGCUGCUGGCUUUCCGACCCCAUCAACAACUGGUUUGGCCGUCGCGGCGUCAUCUUCUUCUCGGCCCACUUCUGCCUGUGGCCCGUCAUCGCCUCGGGCUUUUGCCACACUUGGGAGCAGCAGCUCGCAUGUCGGCUUCUCAUGGGUAUCGGAAUGGGCGUCAAAGCAUCGACGGUGCCAAUCUAUGCCGCCGAAAACUCCCCGGCCAUUAUUCGAGGUGCUCUCGUCAUGUCUUGGCAGAUGUGGACAGCGUUUGGCAUCUUCCUUGGAACUGCGAUCAAUCUUGCCGUCUACAACGUGCCUGACAUCAAUUGGCGUUUGAUGCUCGGUGCACCUUUCAUCCCUGCCGUCCCCUUGCUGCUGCUCAUCUAUCUCUGCCCCGAGUCGCCGCGCUGGUACAUGAAGAAGAACCGCUACAAAGAAGCGUGGAACUCCAUGAUCAGGCUCCGGAACCAUCCGUUGCAGGUCGCGCGCGACAUCUUCUACAUCCAUUCCCAACUCGAACUGGAGAUUGAGCUGCUUCGCGGCAGCACCUAUGCUCGUCGUUUCGUCGAACUCGUCACCAUUCCUCGCGUGCGCCGCGCAACCCUGGCCGCCUUCACCGUCAUGAUCGCCCAGCAGAUGUGCGGUAUCAACAUCAUCGCGUUCUAUAGCACCACCAUCUUCAGAGAGGCCGGACAGAGCGAGUUCCAGUCCCUGCUCGCGUCCUUCGGCUUCGGUCUGGUAAACUGGGCCUUUGCGUUCCCGGCGUUCUGGACCAUCGACACUUUCGGGCGGCGAUCCCUCCUCUUGUUUACCUUCCCGCAAAUGACUUGGACCUUGCUCGCCGCCGGCCUCUGCACCCUCCUCUCGCAGGAGACCGAUUCCCAAAGAACUACGAGAACAGCCCUGGUGGCUCUCUUUGUCUAUCUUUUUGCCGCCUUUUACUCGCCAGGUGAAGGGCCUGUCCCCUUCACCUACAGCGCCGAAGUGUUCCCGCUCUCGCACAGAGAGGUGGGAAUGGGUUUUGCCGUGGCAACCUGUCUGUUUUGGGCGGCCGUGCUGGGCAUUACGUUCCCCUUCCUGCUCGAAUCGGCAAGCACCGUCGGCGCCUUUGGGUGCUACGCCGGGUUCAACGUUGUGGCUUUCAUCAUGAUCUUUUUCUUCGUACCCGAGACGAAGCAGCGGACGCUGGAGGAGUUGGACUACGUGUUCGCGGUGCCAACGUCGCAGUUUGCUAGGUACCAGCUUACACAAGCCCUGCCAUGGUGGUUCAAACGCUGGGUUCUGUUCCAACGGAAGGCCGAGCUUAAGCCAUUAUACCAGUUUGACCAGGAGAAGAGGCGGGCCAGGGAGCAGGAAACGGCCCAGCCGCAACAGGUGGCAGUGACGGCGGAGAAAUAGAGCAUACGCAGUGAUAGAUGUUGCUAUGAUACUGCCCCAGGAACUAGGUGGAUUCCUGUCGUUCGGGUUGGAAACACUUUGACUGCCAUGGCGGCAGCGAGCCGACUAAUCGAGUAUCGCUUUAAUGGCCAUGGUUCGUAUAGGUAGUAAAUUCCGGUCUCAAGUGGGCCGUUGGAAAUAAAGACUUUCUCUCAUGGUUACCUAAAAAUUGAGACGAGGGAAUGCUGUUAGUCUUCAAGAUGCUUUUUAUAUCCGCUUGAGACCAUCAAAUCGUGAGGCAAUCACGUCCAGAUAGCUGAUCUGAUCGAGGCUCUAGAUGUUUUGGAUAGGCGGCUGUAUCAAUGCG